GGCAUUUCAGCCUUGGGACAGUCAGAUUGGACCUUCGAUCCCAACAACAUGACGCUCGUGCCAAUGUCAGUUGUGCUUCUGAUAACAAUUGUGGGACUUAUUCCUCAAGCUAGGGCGUCCCCACCUUUAACCCGGGGGAAGGCUCAAAUGUGGGACGAAGAAGAUUUGGUCAUACCAGAUGGACAAUUGCUAACUGACUUGGAAGAUCCUGCCUUGUUCCAAUUGGUUCCGGACCAAGAUCCUAAUAACUUGGAACCAGGGGAUUUGAUUGCAUUUGACCCGGACUUUCCCCGAUUACCUAUGAUCCUCAAGAAAACUUCUCCUUCCAAUGACGAGGACGAGGAUGUUGACUUGAAAAUGGAGAACAGAAUGCAUUCCUUGCCCAAACGAGACAGAAUAAUGGGAGCUCAUCGUUUUGUUAGAUUGUACCAUCACCAACCACGACCCCAGCGACGAUACGUCUUCUAAUAUCAAAAUGUUCCAAUUGAUUCCGAACUUCAUCUCAGUUACUUUGAAUAAACGAGUUUUCCUACAUGGAAUAUCA